UAGCUGAGAUUAUGCAUCACACAAGAAAAGUCCUGUAGGAAGACAGCAUAGUGACCCUUCAGCGCGCACCACAUCGUCCGCCUUCCUGAUCGGGACGAUAUUGGAAAUUCCCUUUUCACGUGCACUUGAAGAACUGCUCAGAGAGUCAGGGGGAGUGUGUUCCAUGUAUCACUGAUUGAUCGAUAUAUGUCGGCUUAAAGAAGGCUUAUUAGACAGUGCGUAGACGUCGCAAAGGCUCGCGUUAUCUACAAGGACUUGGGUCUAAACUUUCAAGGGAGCACUGUCGUUAAUUUGUUAGCAACGACAUCAACUGCGUAUUGACGAGAGGGUGAAGUAUUCGCCCGUCUCAUUCGCCCGUCUUGAGCCAAAUUUGUACCAGAAGUUCACCCUCAAACCUUAAGAUCCCCUAUAAAUGACGUCCCAUCAGUCAUAGAGGUACGAAUGCUCUGCGCAUGAUGGCAAUCCUCGCCUGCCUCCUCAUUCUCUGCUCACUCUCUACUGUAAUUGUGGACAGCUCUGAACUUCAAAAUGUCACUGUCAAAGAGGGCGAAGAUGCAAUACUUCCCUGUGCCCUCCCCCCACGGGUCGAGCCAAAGUACCUGAUUACAUGGUUUAUGGGAAAUGCUAAAUAUCUGACAAAAAGGAUGAUGCCGACAUCGACUACUAAGUACAUCGACCGGGCCAUGGAGAUCGACAGCCAAGACGCGCUUGUGUUGAGGAAGACAGUGAGAGAAGAUACGGGCACCUAUAGUUGCAAGGUGCUGUACUACGGACCGUCUAUGCAGACAGCAGCCGCACAAAUCAUGCUAUUCGUAAAAGGACCCCCGGUCAUCACCAGUUCUCUUCAGAAGCAGUACGUGCUUGUCCAGUCAAUCAAAAGCCCUAAAGACCUCAUCAUCAAUUGCCGCGCCACAGGCUACCCAACACCCCAGAUAAUUUGGACUAGAUACAAUGGAAAGUUAUCAGCGGACAGAACGCGCAAGAUGCCCAACGGGACCCUAGUGAUUUCCAAGGCUACCCGAGGGGAUGGAGGGGCAUAUAGCUGCUUGGUUACAAAUGAGUUAGGAAGGGAUUUGAAAAACUUUACAGUCUCUGUUCUUGAGCCGCCAAAGAUUCUCGGGAAGACAGAAUUCCACUUCAACGUUGGCGAGACUGCCAAGCUCUUCUGUAAAUCACGAGGGAAUCCCCCUCCCGCUGUCACGUGGUCUUGGAAGGACAUCGAUAAUAAGACAGUGAUUCUUAAGGAUGGCGAAGAUGACAGCCGACGUCGAGUUGCGAUAACCGAUACAGACGAUUUUGUCGUCAGCACGUUGACGAUCGACUCCGUCACUGCUGAUGACUGGAAGACGUAUCGAUGCAUUGCGAAGAACAAGUUUGGAGACGACGCUGAGAAUAUAGCCCUCAUUGGAUACAUGAAACCCAAGGCGCCUCAGAUCCUGUCGGUGACGACUUCUGGCGACAGUGCGCAAGUUGAAUGGAGGUUUAAUGACGAUGGCGGUAUGCCGCUCCAGUCCCUCACGCUCCAGUACAAACCCAGUGAUACCGACAAGUGGAAAUCCAUACAGAUAAGUCCACCGGACACUAUCACCUACACCAUCAAUGGACUAGAACCGGACAAGAACUACAACUUUCGCGUGCAGGCCGCCAAUGAAUUGGGCUCUAGUCCGCCGAGUCCGAUCUACCUUGCCAAAACAGCACCCAAAGAGUCCUCCGUUGAUGCUCUCUCAGAUGGAACCUCGAAAGGCAUGCUGGGAGGAGUUAGCACGACCGUGCUGAUAAUUGGCGGCGCCGCCGGCGGAUUCCUCUUCCUUCUGUUUGUCAUCUUGGGGGUCCUGUGUUCCAUACGACGAAUGCAGAAGCGUAACGACAAUCGGACACCAAACGGCCCGACCACGCCCAUUGACGUCACAGAGAUGUCAGCGUUUCUACCUCCUCCGCCAAUUCAAAACGCCAACGGCCAAAACUUAGAUGCCGCGACUGCCAACCCGCUAUCCAAUAGCAGAUGGGAGUUCCCCAGAGAUCGAGUCAAGACCUCUGUGGUUUUAGGAUCAGGAGCGUUUGGUGUGGUGAUGAAGGCAGACGCGCAAGGGAUUAAGGGAUGUGUUGGUUCACUGCCAGUCGCUGUUAAAAUUGUUAAGGAGAACGACAGUGACACUGCUCGACGCGACCUCAUGGCAGAACUUGAUUUGCUUAAACUGAUUGAUCCCCAUCCGAACGUAAUCGGUUUGCUUGGAUGCUGCACCCGAGGAGAUCCUCUGAUGGUUAUCGUUGAGUUCUGUCAGUAUGGGGACCUUCAGAGUUAUUUGCGUCAUUGUCGCGGCAUUGAGGAUAAAUACUACGAGCAAAUCUACAUGGUCCCCGAGAAGAAGCUUACUGCCAAAGAUUUGCUGUCAUUUGGUAUUCAGGCGGCCAGAGGGAUGGCUCACUUGGCAAGCAUGAAGGUUGUUCAUCGUGAUCUGGCUGCCAGAAACAUUCUAAUCGAUGAAAAGAGCGUAUGUAAAGUAUCUGAUUUUGGAUUCGCGAGAGACAUAUAUGUGGAGGACCACUACACGCGAAAAACCCAGGGUGGUCGGUUCCCAAUCAAGUGGAUGGCCAUCGAAUCACUCCUUGACGGGGUCUCCACCACUAAGAGUGAUGUAUGGUCAUAUGGCGUACUUUUGUGGGAGAUUGUCACCCUUGGGGCAUCUCCAUACCCAGGGAUGAAUUCCCAGGAGGUGAUCAACUUUCUUCAGGACGGCUAUCGUAUGGAUAAACCCAAGCACUGCCUCGAUGAGCUAUAUGCCGUGAUGUUGGAUUGCUGGCAGUUGUCUGCUCAAAGGAGACCUACAUUUGUAGAAAUCUCUCGACUUCUAAACAAGAUGCUAUCCGAUGAACGGGAAUACAUCAGCUUGAGGAUGUACGAUGACCACCUAUACGUCAAUUUUGACGGGCAGUCCGCUGGGACAAGCUUAUCGCUGAAUCACAACUCGUCCGUGCCUUGGGGGAAUUGGGUAGCCGCGGCAGAGUGAUCUGUCUCUUCCCGUUUGUCUCGCAAAACUGCUCUGUGAGCAUGUGCAUGAGCUUCCGUAUAAAAGUCAUACGAUCUUUCGGGUGUUUUUCUGUUAGAAAAGAUUCUAGAGACCUUAGCUCGUUAAUUAUGCGACUAGAGUAAACAGUUAUACCUAUGACGACUUCAAAAGUUCUGAAAAUGUUUAACGGUUUUCUAAAAAGCGGAUACUUCACUUACUGCUUCUAGUUCUUUCCAUUACUUAGGCGCCAUCCGUAAACUGGCAAGCUGAUGAUUGAGAAACUGACGAUCGAGAAAGGGUGAUGCAUAUGUUACAUAAAUAUACGUAGUGCCUCCUGCUGUGUCUUCUCACCCGGGAAAGGGAAAAAUUGUGAAGAAGAGAACGAUUUAAAUUAUUAGGAAUAGAAAUUGAACAGUGUCCCGUUUACCAUGAAACUGAAGUUAACUUUUAAGUUAAAAUGAUUAAACUAUUUAUGUUUAGUUUAGUCAAAUAAAAGAUGAGGGGGCAAGAUCCAGGAACUUGAAUAAAAUACCAUUAUUUGUUUA